UACAACAACAGGCCAUUUACUCUCAUUUUUCCAAUAUUACCCCCGUCAUUACACACUCUCAACUGCCAAGAUUCUCUCCUCCUUUUCCUUGCACCGGCACCUCACAUUUCGCAUAUUUCUCUCCCUACAAACACCCGAUGAAGAACUUCCAGAUCUAGUCGUAAAUAUUCUUUUCCUUCAAUUAGCGCUCUGGCAGCACAAAGAAGGAAUUUUUUCCCCGUCAAAUCCUAUUGUCUGAGAAUUUUUUUCCCCCGUCAAAUACGGACUCGUGUUAGGCGGUAGACGACGACGAACCUGCUUGCCGGAAUACAGCUUGUGAGCUCACAACAUGGACCCAUAUGUCCCCUCAGUAAGUGUUUUCAGUUCCAAAUUUGUUAUUGCACCUACAGAACACACAAUUUUGAACUGAACCCAACUUAUUUAACGAACUCGUCUUCGCCGUUUCUUGUCACGGACGGGUGGAAACGUAAAUUCGUACUCCUCCAACCCUUUUCCCAGCAUGACCCAACCAGUACCACCAACGCGCAAGCACGCCCAAUGGAAUCCACAUGAGAACCGGAUUUUCAUUGCUGCGUGCGAGACGGUGAUAGCCGACGGUCACCGUAACGGAAAGUGUUUCACGAAACACGGAUGGGACCAACUCAUCCGUUUGUUCAAUUCGAACUCCGGUCACUGUUGGAUGAAGCAGCAGCUGAAGAAUCAUUGGGAUGGUCUUCGAACGAAACACAAACGUCUGAUGGAGCUUAUUCACAAUACUGGAGUGGAGUACAUCUCCAAAACGGGAUAUAUUGCUGCUUCCGACGACUGGUGGGAGAGAAACAUGAAGACUUGUAAUUUCAAUUUCAAGUGACUAUUGAAUGGCUUUGAGGCAUGGGGCUCUGUUUCUUCCAACACUCAAGGAAAAUAAGGACUACAAAGAAUUCAAAGGCAAAGACUGCAAGGAGGUGUACAGCCUCAAGGUGCUAUUCGGGGAUGCAUAUGACAAUGAUAAGUAUGCAGUCACACCCUCAACAAUGUGCAGGACAGGCUUCUCCAUGUUCGAAGAUAGUGGACUCGAGGACCUACACGACAGUCAACCGCUUGACGAGGAAGGCAUCGGGUCAAGUGAUGAGAGCGAGAAAACAAAAUUGGCUGGAUCCAGUGCGGACAUGUCGAGGCCGCAAAGUGGGGAUAAACGUAGGUCUGGCGGCAAUAGCAAAAAAGGUAAGAGAGCAAAAAUGUCCACCUCGGAUGUAUCGAACGCUGUUAACCGUGCUUCCACUGCCAGUGAAAAGGUAGCAGCUACAAUCAACAAUUUGCUGGGUCCUAAUGUUCCAGACGCGCAAAUGCUCAUGAACGAGAUGUUGUCGACUGGCCGACUGCACAAGAAAACUGAUAUGUACUUCUGGACGUUGAGCUUCCUGUCACUGAGGCGUAAUAGGGAGAUACUUGCAAUGUAGGAAGACGCGAACGACAAACUGGACUGGGUCGAGUGGAGCUGGCUGGAGCACAGAAAGGCUCAUCCGAAGUGAAAUCUGCGGCACGGAAAAUUUUCCCCUUACAGCAGUUUUAUGUAGACAUUUUUAAUUGUGUGUUGUUUUUACAUUUUCGUUUCGGCAUGUCUAUGUGAACAAAAAUGGGACUUUACUACUAAGUGAUCUCACGAAUCCACAACUGCAAUGAAAUA